UGUAAUGUUUCCUCGCAUCCAGAUGGCAGCGUUCAUCUCAAGCGCUGUUACAUGAUCUGACGGUCUUUCGAGAGGUCGACAAUGUGGAAGUUCCUCCUCGCUAUCGUACCCUGCAUCAUACUGAUUGCAUCUGGUGCUGCUACUGGACAGGAUCAGAGGGGUACGGAGUUCAUGCUGUCAUUUAUACACCCACAGAAGAAUGAUGGUAAUCCGAUCCUCCUUAUAUCAGCCGAAGAUAGAGCGUUUGUCACAAUAACCAUCCCCUCUCUAGAUCAACGUCUUACGAAGGACAUGGAACCCGGGGAAACAUGGAAGCCUUCCCUGUCCACAGACCUGAGGUACAAAUCUUAUUUUACAACUGUACGAUCUGCCGUGAAUGUUACUUCUACAUCCCCAGUCACAGUCUACGUCUACGAUGGGUUUAGACUCAGAUCCUCUGGAUACAUGGCACUUCCUCUACACGCCCUGUCCACGUCGUAUAUUGCAGUGACUUACAAUGGUCAGAAAAACAAUGCUUAUCCAGUUUUACUUCUCGUUGCCAUCAUGAAUGACACCACAGUGGAUGUUUUGUACCGGCUGUCCAGUGGUCAGUGUGAUGAACAUACAAUUGGGCAGACCUCUACCCACACACUUCAUGCAUAUGACGUGUACGGUGUACGAUGUACUGGUGACUUCACAGGAACAUACGUUGUGAGCAACAAGGCCCUAGUGGUCAUCUCUGGACAUCAGAAUACAAACAUAAGCGGAUUCUAUUACGAUACUCUUCAAGAGAUGUUGAUUCCCGUGGAUCAGUUUGGUCUGAGUUUUGUGCUGAUUGAGCCUCAUGGCAGCGCGAGUGGAUCCAUCAACAGAAUCGUUUCAUCUUCUGACAACACCGCGGUGACUUCCAGUACUGGGGAGACCUUCCUUCUCAGUGCGUACGAGUAUGUGGACAUUGACACUGAUAUCAGUGGCCAACAAUGUAUCAACUCAAAUUUUCCAGUCCUGGUUGUUUCCUUCACCAAGUCGAAAAAAUGGCGGUUCUUAUGAUAAGAUAGUUGUUGACGCAGCAAUGUAUAUCGUACCUGCAACCAACAUGUUCACCACAAGCAUCUAUGUUGACUUUGGGUUAGCUACUGAGUUGAACAUAGCUGAAUUUGUGUCUAUCGCCUUUGUGUUUAGUAGAAACGAUACUCCUGACUUUACAGCUUCUCCAACUGUCCAUAAAGUCAUCCCAAGCUGCCCCUAUGAUGUGUACACAAUGACAGUAACAGCAUGGCCCGUCAGGUUUUCUGGUGGUUCCUUCGCAUUUGGCGCUUACCUCUACGGAAACAACGACGCCAGACAUAAUGGCGUUGGCUUUCCGCUCAAUAUGGCCUUUGCUAGCGGACUUGUGUCAAGUUCACGUUUGUACUUAUCUACAUCUGAAUCAAGUACAGUCCAACCUUCGUCUUUGUCUCAGUCUCCGGAUGCAACAGCUCCCUCCGUCGGUAUUCAGUCAUCCUCUACCUUUAUCAGAGAUCAUCAGUUCCCAACAUCAAUGUCUCAUCACAUGAUACCGGACUCAUAUUCCAAACGUACAUCCUCUGCCUCCACUGAUUUGAAACCUUCAGCUCCAGUGGAAACACUGGGACAAUCCAGCACACCAGACGUGGACCAGACAUCAGCAGAUAAUGUUCCUUCCUUUACAAUUUCCUCUUCGCAUUCACCUGACAUAGACCUGCAAUCCUCCACUCGUUCUCCUUCGUCGUCACCUCCUUCUUCCUCCUUUUUUCUUCUCUUUCGU